UACACCUGUUUGUCAGGUAGGAGGGUCAGCCCGCAGUGUGCAGGCGCAACGGAGACACUGAGUCAUGACAACACAGAUAAUGGACGGAAUGUUUUCAGAGCUUUGACGCAACUUCGACAUUUUUUUUUUAUCAUCAUGCGAGUGAACCAGUUUUCACAUGUUAAAAUGCGUCGACCUGGUCCGGGGAACAUCGCGGUGAAUGCGCUCUUGGUGCUGUGUUUGGUCGGCUGUUUCGGCCCUUCCCUAGUCUCCUCCAUCACAGUGAAUACCCCACCAGAGCUCCAUGCAUCUAAAGGGGAUAUCGUCACAUUGUCCUGUACUUUCACUUCCACCAGUAGGCCGACCAGUAAGAUGAGUGUUGACUGGUCUUAUAGGCCCCAGAGUGGAGGGCCGCCACUGACAUUCUUCCACUUCUCCUCACGGGCGUUCCCUCCAAAUGACGGUCAGUUUGCUGGCCGCAUUCGGUGGGAGGGAAUCCCGGCACGCGGGGAAGCUUCCAUUUUGUUGGUCAACGCCACGUUGAAAGAUAAUGGGACCUACACGUGCUCCGUCAGAAACCCCCCUGAUGUCCACGGGUCUCCGACUUCACACACUGUGCUCACUGUCACACCAAAGGCGCCCAGCGUUCGCUUCUCUGACGUUGCGGUCCUCCUUGCUUUCAUCCUCCUCCCCUCCGCCAUCAUCACCCUCAUUCUGAUUGGACGGAUGCUCUGUCCCAAGAAGCAGCGCAGCCAAUCGAAGGCCUACAGAUCGCCCAUAGAGGUCACAGAGGGAGAGGAGUACGGCAUCCACCCACCAGGGGCCAAAGAAAAGGGGACUUCAUGCUGUGACCUAUAUCUGAUGGACUCGGAGGAUGAAGAUGGGUAUUACAGCCUAAAAAAGAGGCCUCCUAUGGAUGAAGGCUACGCUGAGUCUCAGUUGUAGAGAACCCUGCUGGUGGGGAGCUGUAACUGCAACAUGUAGGCCUGCUGGUGUCUUACAUGUGGGAGGUACUGAAUGGAAAUGAAUGCUGGAUUCAUGUCUUCUUGCCACAGUCAACCACUCACCCAGUCACGUUGGUGAUGUUUACUUUUUGUGGUGACCGCUUUGGAAUGAUACUUUCUUUCUUAAGACAAUCUGAAUAAUGCAUCUCCAGCAUUUUAUUUACACUAUAGAUUUAAUUUACAUUUUGCCUACAAGUUCCGAGGUUUGAGGUCUUUAUUCCGAAAUUUCAGAGCUUGUAGUCUUGAUGAAAUAUUAUUUGUUUAUUUUGUCUGUACAGGGUCAGCUGGUGUCAUUCUGUAAGCUACCAGCUGACCCUGUACAUGCGAACACAAACACACAGAUGAGCACUAUAUGUAUUUUUAUAUCUUGAUGAUUUAUUUGUGUCACGUUCUUUUUGUGAAGGAGAUAGAUGCAUUAUUUUUUUCUAAUUUAUUGCCUGUGUCAGAGCGGCUGUAUGAAAUCUGUUGAUGUUGAGCUGUAGUGGAACAUUUCUGUUAUAUCCUUAAUAUUUGGACAGAAAAUAAAUGGUUUGAUUUUGAAUGUCAA